GGGCUACGUGCACAAACCACAUCCACCACCAAAAUCCUCAAUCGACCACCACAUGCAGUCGUAUAUGAGGAGCACACACAAACUUCACUCUAGUCUCAAGACGCCCGUGGAUCGCUUUUACUUUCUGUUUGCGUGCAGCGGUGAACUCCCAGCUCGCGAUGCCUCUGUUUAUGUAGGCUUGUGUUGAUAUGUUAAUAACGCGCUCGGAUUUAUGCUGAUUAAAAGACGUGACUGAUUUAUUUAUGGUCGCUCCUUAGAAUAAAGUAGAGGUUUUGCAUCGCGGAGGCGCUGAAUUUGAGCCUUUUCCCAUCAGUUUUGGGGUUUGUGAUCGAGCAGGAGGGAGGAGUGGCGGAGAAACGGCUGGCUCCUGAGUUCUGAAUCCUGCCUAAAACCCACAAAGAUGAUAUAUCUGCCAGUGUUAUCCAUGACCUCAGAUUUACAGCAUUACAGUUUCAGGAUGCCGAAUAUCGGGUUCCAAAACCUUCCUCUCAAUAUCUACAUUGUCGUCUUUGGGACGGCCAUAUUCGUCUUCAUCCUCAGCUUACUCUUCUGCUGCUACCUAAUUCGGUUACGGCACCAGGCACACAAAGAGCUCUAUGCAUACAAGCAGGUUAUUCAAAAGGAAAAGGUGAAAGAACUAAACUUGCAUGAGAUUUGUGCGGUGUGUUUGGAAGAAUUCAAGCAGAAAGAUGAGCUGGGAAUCUGUCCGUGUAAACAUGCCUUUCACAGAAAGUGCCUUAUUAAAUGGCUGGAGGUGAGGAAGGUUUGCCCGCUGUGCAACAUGCCAGUCUUACAGCUGGCGCAGCAGCAGAGCAUGUCUGAACCCAUUGCCCCAACACAGCAACAUCUGCCCGGGGUGGAGAACCUGGUCUAGAACCUUCUACAAAUGUGACUGCCACUACUUUCACACUCCCUCCUGUACAGGUACAUGCUCGUAUCCAAGGACAGACUGCAGGAUUGGCCCACGGUGACCUGUGACCUGCAAAUGCUCAAGUCCUGCCUUGGUGGCUUUAUAAAAGGAUUAUAAAGGAUCUCCAAAUUACAAUAAUAGAUGAUUUACUCAAUCGGUCUUAUUUGGAUUUAGCUUUUUUCCCCUGUGGGAUCAUGAAGAAGAGUUUAAGUAACCGUUCCACGCCAAAGCACUUUUGUUGAGGAUACCAGUGAGAGGCAAAACAGGACUUAAAAACAGCAUUAAACACAUUAAGAUAAUCUACAGUUUUUUAACAAACUUUUUUUUAAACAAGCACUUUACACAAAACUCAAACCUAAUUGCUUGUGAUAGUAGCAAGAUCUUGUUUUAUAUUUUAUAAUUUGAAACUUUUUUUUUAUAAAGGUGAUGUACGCAGAGCCACAGAGCAAAGUACCAUUGGUUUUACUUUGAUUAGAGAGGGUUACGUUUAUACUGUAUAUUAAAGGGACAGCAGCUCUCCAAUGUGUAUAUGUUUGUUUGUUUGUUUGACUGUUUGUGCAUCGAUGGCCAAAACAAAUGUGAAUGCAGAGUUUGUCUUAUUAGGGUCACGAUCUGACCCAGCAGUAUUUAAUCUGUGUUCUGUGGAUGUCUUUAUAUUGAAAAUGCUUUUUAAACUGAGGGCUGUGUUAAAUACACAUUCACACACACACACAAACACACGUCGACUGCUUUGAGUUCAAGGCUGUAUUUGAUAAGAAUCUGAAACUAACCAAAAAAGGAAAAGAAAGAGAAAACGCAUAUGAUCUGAUACACAAACUUUUCUAGAUAGAAUUUAUAUUUUCCCAAUCACUAUACAGUUGAAGUCAGAAUAAUUAACCAAGCCCCCUACCCAUUGAUUUUUUUUUUCUUUUUUGAAUAUUUAACAAAAGAUGUUUAAUAGAGCAAGGACAUUUUCACAGUAUGUCUGGCAAUAUUUUUUCUUCUAGAGAAAUACUUAUUUGUUCCAUUUAACCUACAAUAAAAGCAGUUUUUAAUUUUUUAAAAAACAUUUUAAAAGGUCCAAAUUAUUAGCCCCUUUAAGCUAUAUAUUUUUUGAUAGUCUAUAGAACAAACCAUCGUUAUACAAUAACAUACAAUAAUAACCUAAUUAAUCUUACCUGACUAGUUUUUCUAAUUAACCUAGUUAAGCCUUUUAAUAUCACUUUAAUCUGUAUAGAAAGGUCUCAAAAAUAUAGUCAAAUAUUAUUUACUGUCAUCAUGACAAAGAUGAAACAAAUCAGUUAUUAGAGAUGAGUUAUUUAAACUAUUACGUUUGAUGAGAGAAUGAGAAUGAGAGAAAGUUUUUUCAACACAAUUAAACAGAAAUUGGGUAACAAACAGGGGGGCUAAUAAUUCAGUGGGACUAACAGUUAUGACUUCAACUGUAUAUAACAAAAUCGCAAUAAUUCAAAAUAUUUCCCAGACUAAAUAAAACAUCUGUUAUAAAAGUAACACCUUUAAUUUAGCAAUGAACUUGCAGACCUCCCGCAAGAUCAUUCAUGUCAGCUGAUACUUUAGGAAACUGCUGCCAUAAGAUCGCUUCUGUCUUCACUAACUGAUCAUAGUUAGAGGAUUAGUCAGUUUCUGGCUUCAGUUUCCCAAUCCAGAGCGAAUGUUUUCAUUCUGCAGAUGUUAUAUAGAGUUAAUGGAAAAGUUACAAAUUGACCAAGAGGGGUUUUACCCAAAUUUAAACUCCAACUAAAUAUCCCAAAGUAUUGUUUUGACUUUCAUGAUUACCUUUUAUGCAAAUUGGUCAGGUUUUUAAUUCCCAUUGUACAAUAUUUGCUUAAUUAUCACAUAUCUCCAAUGAAGCCUUGGUUCUACGCAAAGCAGCUAAUUUGUGUCUGUGUGCUUGUGUGUGUGUGUUCACACAAGCUCUCAUUUUGUGCUGCAUAGCUUUCUCAAAAUAUACUUGGCAUAAAGAGCCCAGAUCUGUCUUCAAUAAAUAUUAAUAAAUUAAAUGUCAGUCUAGUAAAGAAAAAUCAAAAAUAACAUAAAAAAAGUAAACCUGCUGCCCUAAAGUUCAGUAAAUGUGAAGUGAACAUAAUUCCAAGUUACAACAGGUUUACUCACUUUAAAUAAAGUCAACUUAUUGCUUUUAAGACAACAGUAAUGCUUUUUAAAAGUUACUCAUUGCUUUUGACAGUGAACAGCCCCAGAUUACAGUACACAGUCUAGUUAUCAUUCCAGCAUAUCUGUAAAUCAGUCCAGCACUUUGCAACUCAGAAUCCUCAGCCAUAAAGAUCAUUGACCAGCAGGUGGAUGUAGUCAGCAGUCUGUAACAGAAUAGACACUCUGGCACUUUCCUGCUCUAUAGUACAACUAUUUUCCGCCCUUUUCAUCCCACCAACCAGAUAAGGUCAUCCUGGGUCUCUGUGCCCACCAUUUUAAGCCAACCUAUUAGUGAAACAUGCAUAAUGUUGUGCAUACAGCUGGCCUCAACACUAUAAAUGAUGCCAAAUGGGAAAACUUAAUUUCCAUUAUCUGAUACAAGCUUGAUACAUAUCAGUAUUAGGUUUGAUCAAAAGUGCUGGUCAUGAAGUAAAUGGAGUACUGCUAAUUCAUUGCCAAGAAAACUGCCCACCGUGUUCUGCAAUGUAUUUUUUGUGUGUGCUUGAAAGGCAGAUUGUGAAUUAAAGUUAAGCUUAUUUAAAUAUUUUUUUUUAUAUAUUUAAUAAUUGUUUGCAUUUGCAGAGUGUGUGCGGAAACUCUUUUGACUCUAAUAUCACUAAUCAUUUUUUUCAGUGUGCUUUGGUACUUUGUCUUAACAAAGUGUAAAACACUGAGGGUUUCCUUUAGAAAUCCCUUUAUUGUGGACAAAUAACAUUGAGUCCUAAAUUAGGAUCUCUUCAUCUCUUUGGCUUUAGUAACACAGCAGGUCUUAAAGAGUCACUCUGAUCACGAAUGUAUGCAUAUAGAGAGCUGUGGUUCAACUGUGUCAUUAUAAUGUGAAAGUAGUUGAUUGUGUCUAAAAUGUACAAGUUACAUCACUGCACUUUUCAUAUUCUUCUGUUUAGGUGGUAUUAGUGCCUCUCUGUUGAGGUGGAACGGAAACGGCGCAAAAAUGUUAUUUAUUGUGUGCUAAAGUUUAAAACCCAUAACAUUUCAAUAGUACUUUCUAACUGCUCUAAUUUAGUGUUUAGGCAAAGCAAGGCUUUGUGAUUGUUGCUAAAAGCAAUUUCAAAAUCGGUUUGGAAACAUAUCUAGAAAGUCAAGCUAGCAUGUUCAUACAAGUGGUAGUCCUCAAGAAAAUUGGGAAUGUUAAUGUUAGGCCACAUUUUUAGCAUAUUUAAACUAAUGUUUUCUACUGAUCAUUACUGAGAGUGCCAUAUCUGGUUUACCCGUUUUAAUUUGAAAAUGCAACAUUAGGUGUUUGCUUACUACUUAACAACUCUUGUUUGUUCCUAAUGGGCUUUUUAAACCAAUAAGACAUUGUGAAAAAAGACUGUUAGGAACAGCCCGGCAGUAUUUCUGUUGUUUAGUAGUACUUUGUAGAAUGUGCUUAUAAAGGCACAUGACGCAAUUCAAAUAUUAUGUUUUAAUAAACAAUUGCCUAUCUAUUAACUAUCUCAGUGUCAAAUCUGUGACAUGGUUUUUCAAGGUUUCCAUGAUGUUCCUCCUUCACCAUGCCACUCUUUUUGUCUGAGGUGAUCUAAUAUUUGUCCCGCCCCUCACCGUUGUGACCUCACAGAUGUAAACAUCAUAGCCCCGCCCCUUCCCAACACAGUCUUGUUUUAACACUGCUAAUGUUUGUGAAUCUCACAGACAUGUUUGUAAAAGUAAGAAUUCUGCAGCAGAAUAUUUUCUGUACAGUAUUUGUAAACUAUAUUUUUGUAUAUUUAAUCAACAUUUUGAAGAAAAGUUAAAAAAUGCAAAGACGCUUUUUUUUUUUUUUUGCUAAUUUUGUGUUAUAUUCAUUAAAAUAUGUUGCAUGUGACUGACUUGAAUUGUAAAUAAAGUUGCCAAGUUUUUGCAAUAAAGAAA